ACAGGUUGCAAUGUGGAGAACGCAAGUUACAACCUGGGACUGUGCGCUGAAAGGACCGCCAUCUCCAAGGCUGUGUCCGAGGGAUACAGAAGUUUCAAGGCCAUCGCAAUCGCCAGCGACUUGUGCGACCAGUUCAUCUCCCCGUGCGGAGGCUGCAGGCAGUUCAUGAGAGAGUUCGGGUCUGACUGGGACGUUUACCUUUCCAAGCCUGACGGCUCAUACAGAAGGAUGACCGUGGACGAGCUGCUGCCCGCCUCCUUCGGCCCUGAAGACCUGUCCAUGAAGAAAGUGCUCAUUCCCAACGAGUACUGAGCUCAAA